GUUUCAAAAAAAAAAAACACUCCCGAUCGUACUUGGUAGAAACUUUUUCUCAAGGAUGAUGGAUUUGACGAACCUUAGUGAAAUCAGAAGCUUAAUCGAUGAAUGCAAGCUUAAUCGAGGAAGACGAAGAGCAGUGUCUGAUUGUAAAAUUGGAGAACGUAGAUCUUCAAGGAGAGACUGUGGAACCUAAUUGCGAUCCUAUUCAUAAGGAGAGGGAUCUAUCAGACGAGAAUAGAGAAGCUGCUCAAGAAUUAAAGGGCAAAGCCAUUGAUGCCGUUUCUGAAGGAAAGUUUUAUAAAGCAAUUCUUCAUUUAACUCGGGCAAUUUCGAUGAAUCCUACAUCAGCUAUUUUGUAUGGAAACAGAGCUUGUGUCUACAUUAAAUUGAAGAAUCCAAAAGCUGCUUUUCGAGAUGCAGUCACUGCAUUGAAGAUUAAUCCUGAUUCUGCCAAGGGAUACAAGGCACGGGGCAUUGCUCGUGCCAUGUUUGGAGAAUGGGCAGAGGCUGAAAAAGAUCUCCACCUUGCUUCUAUGAUAGACUACGAUGCGGAAAUUAGUGAUGUUCUCAAGGAGAUCGAAGAGCGCCGGAGACAACGCAGCCAUGCUGAAGCUCAGGCUGCCUACGUUAAAGCUAAGAAACAAGAACAGUCAUCAUCAGCCAGAGAAAAAGCUAAGAAAGGACAUUCAUCAUCAAACAGACACAGGCAAGAACCUAGGAGACAAGAACAGUCAUCAUCGAGCAGACAAUCAAGAGGUAGUUCUCCUGGCAGUUUCCCCGGUACGUUCCCAGAUGGAUUUCUUGGAGGUUUCCCGGGCAGUUUCCCUCCCGGCGAUGAUCAACGCGACCAGAGUGGUUUCUUCGGUUCGCCCUUCGGUUCCUUCCAUUCCUUCGGUUCCCCCUUCGGGUAUCAAAACUAGGCUUAAUACAGACACUAGCAAACAUAUUGGUGUGAUGAAAAAGCAUGGAAGUGCUUCUACAGGCGAUGAUAUACACAUGAAUAUUCCAAAUGAUAUAUGCAUCUCUAAGUUGCAUACACACUGUAUUAGUCACUCAUACAAAUGUUUGUGAAUCCUUUGUUCAAAAGAAAGCCAAAGAUUGUGGACAUAACCUUUAAAAGGAAAACUCAGAUGCCUUGUCCGUCGUAUGACUUCCAUCUUUCUAU